AUGGAAGCUCCUCGUAACGGUCAUCCGAGCGACGACAAGGGCCCGAAAAUCCUCGCGGUGCUAUGGGGGUUGACGGGCGUCACGACGGUCAUUGUUGCUGCCCGGAUGUACAUCCGCGGGCGAAUGCUACGCAAUGUUGGCGUUGACGACUGGUUGAUUGUCUUCUCCUUGCUCAUGGGCCUCGUCUACUGCGCAAUAACAACAGCCAACAUCUCCAUCGGCUACGGAAAACACGCCUAUGUCCUCGACACAAAGACGGUCGAAAAGGCCAGCUUCCUCAACUCGCUCAGUUUCCUCUUCGGCAUCAUCUCCUUUGCCGUCCCCAAACUCGCGGUUGCCGCGAUGCUCAACCGCAUCCUGAACCCGAGCUUCUGGCAGAAGAUGUGGGUGUGGAUUAUCUCCGCGACGGGGGCUGCCAUCUCUGCUGUCUGUAUCGUCAUGCUCUUUACCAUGUGCGAUCCGCCACGAGCGCUCUGGGAGACGUCGCUGGUUAUAGCGGGCAAGGCGACGUGUCGCGAUGUGUGGAUUUUGAUUGAUUAUGCGAUUUUUACCGGGGCGUCAUCUGCGUUUGUUGACUUGUACCUCGCAAUCUACCCCGCGACGGUGUUGAUGAAGCUGCACAUGUCGCUGCGUAAGCGUAUUGCCCUGUGCGCUGCUCUUGGCCUGGGCGCCAUCGCGUCCGCCAUGGCUGUCGUCAAAUGCACGCAGCUAAAGGGUCUCGCUGACAAGUCGGACUAUACCUACGGCACCGCCGACCUCGUCCUCUGGACCAACGUCGAAUCCAACGUCGUAAUAAUCGCCUCCUGCAUCCCCACCCUCCAACCGGUCCUCGAACUCAUCCUCGGAAAGCGCAACCUCUCCUCAUACAGCAACAGCAGAAACAAAUACAAGGGCAGCCACCAGCUGCACGACUACUCGUACGAGGCGAGCAAGGGGUCCAAGCCGCCGCGGAAGACGGAGACGACUAUUACGGGGGUCGGGAGUCAGGAGAGUAUCUUGCAGGAUACUCAAGGAGGUCGGAGUAACGGCAAUGGCGGGGAUCCGUUACGCGCGAUUCGACGGACGGAUGAUGUUACGGUUGAGUAUGAGAGGCGUCCGCCUGUUGCGGGGGUGGAGGGGAGGGGCUCGUGGUGA